CAGCCGGCCGGGCCGCGGCCGCUCCGAGGUGAACGGCGCCGAGACGGGCUCGCGGCGCGGGGAGGCCGGGCGCGCCGCCGCUAUGAAUUCCGCCGAGCAGACCGUUACGUGGCUCAUUACCUUGGGGGUGCUGGAGUCGCCCAAGAAAACCAUCUCGGACCCGGAGGGCUUCCUGCAGGCGUCUCUGAAGGAUGGGGUGGUCCUCUGCAGGCUGCUGGAGCGCCUGCUGCCCGGGACCAUCGAGAAAGUCUACCCGGAGCCCCGGAGCGAGGGCGAGUGCCUGAGCAACAUCCGCGAGUUCCUGCGAGGCUGCGGGGCGUCUCUGCGCCUGGAGACAUUUGAUGCAAACGAUUUGUAUCAGGGGCAGAAUUUCAACAAGGUCCUCAGCUCCUUAGUGACUCUAAAUAAAGUAACAGCAGUUUCAGAUCCCUGGGAGGGGCAGUUAGCCCUUGAUUCGUCUCUUUUCAUCAGAAAAAACAUCGGCCUGGGAAGUGACUCCGUGUGUGCCCGGCCCUCCUCUCACCGGAUCAAGUCUUUCGACUCCCUGGGACCCCAGCCUUCGCACGGUCGGACUUCAAGACUGUUCCAGGGCCAGUAUCGGAGUUUGGACAUGACGGAUAAUAGCAACAAUCAACUGGUCGUAAGAGCCAAGUUUAACUUCCAGCAGACGAAUGAAGACGAGCUGUCCUUUGCGAAAGGCGACGUCAUCCACGUCACGCGGGUGGAGGAAGGGGGCUGGUGGGAGGGCACGCACAGCGGCAGGACCGGCUGGUUCCCCAGCAACUACGUGCGCGAGAUCAAGCCCAGCGAAAAGCCCGUGUCACCCAAAUCUGGAGCCUUGAAGAGCCCUCCCAAAGGAUUUGAUACGACUGCCAUUAACAAAAGCUAUUAUAAUGUGGUGCUACAGAAUAUUUUGGAAACAGAAAAUGAAUAUUCUAAAGAACUUCAGACUGUGCUUUCAACCUAUCUACGGCCACUGCAGACCACUGAGAAGUUAAGUUCAGCAAACACUUCAUAUUUAAUGGGAAAUCUAGAAGAAAUAUGUUCUUUCCAGCAAAUGCUUGUACAGUCUUUAGAAGAAUGUACCAAGAUGCCUGAAGCUCAGCAGAGAGUCGGAGGCUGCUUUUUAAACCUGAUGCCGCAGAUGAAGACCUUGUACCUUGCGUAUUGUGCCAACCACCCGUCUGCAGUGAGCGUCCUCACGGAGCACAGUGAAGAGCUGGGCGAGUUCAUGGAGAUGAAGGGCGCCAGCAGCCCCGGCAUUCUCGUGCUGACCACCGGCCUCAGCAAGCCGUUCAUGCGCCUGGACAAGUACCCCGCGCUGCUCAAGGAGCUGGAGAGACACAUGGAGGAUUAUCAUCCAGAUAGACAAGAUAUUCAAAAAUCCAUGACUGCCUUCAAAAACCUUUCAGCGCAGUGUCAAGAAGUACGGAAAAGGAAGGAGCUGGAGCUGCAGAUCCUGACGGAGGCCAUCCGGAGCUGGGAGGGAGAUGACAUUAAGACCCUGGGCAACGUCAUUUACAUGUCCCAGGUCCUGAUUCAGUGCGCUGGGAGCGAGGAAAAGAAUGAACGGUAUCUUCUGCUCUUCCCAAAUAUUUUGCUAAUGUUGUCUGCCAGUCCUAGGAUGAGUGGUUUUAUAUACCAGGGAAAGCUGCCAACGACAGGAAUGACAAUCACAAAGCUUGAGGACAGUGAAAAUCAUAGAAAUGCAUUUGAAAUAUCAGGGAGCAUGAUUGAGCGGAUCUUGGUGUCCUGCAGCGACCAGCAGGACCUCCACGAGUGGGUGGACCGUCUGCAGAAGCAGACGAAGGUCACCUCUGCCGGGAACCCCGCCGUCAAGCCUCACCCUGUGCCGUCUCACACCCUCCCCUCCCACUCCAUCACCCCGUCCAGCAAGCAUGCGGACAGCAAGCCCGUGCCGCUGACGCCCGCCUACCACACGCUGCCUCACCCCUCCCACCACGGCACUCCGCACACCACCAUCAACUGGGGGCCCCUGGAGCCUCCGAAGACCCCCAAGCCCUGGAGCCUGAGCUGCCUGCGACCCGCACCCCCUCUCCGGCCCUCAGCUGCUCUCUGCUACAAGGAGGAUCUCAGCAAGAGUCCCAAGACCAUGAAAAAGCUGCUCCCCAAGCGCAAGCCUGAGCGGAAGCCUUCGGACGAGGAGUUCGCGCUGAGGAAAAGCACGGCUGCGCUGGAGGAGGAUGCCCAGAUUCUGAAGGUCAUCGAGGCUUACUGCACCAGCGCCAAGACGCGGCAGACGCUCAACUCGAGUUUGUGAUCUAAGUGCCAGCGACACGGAGGAGACUCUGGCCUUCCGUACAGGGAUGUAAUUUUGUGUGUGUACUGGACGCGGCGACCCAGUAGCUGUGGAGAGAUGAGAAGAAGACCCGUGCCUCGAGAGCGCCGAGUCCAGAUCAGACGGCCGGGUGCCAGGCUGCCCCAGGGCCCGGGGCGCCGCGAGCAGCCUCUGUCGUUGUGGCGGCGCGGGGGGGGCCCGGCCGGCAGGAGCGCGAGGGGCGAGUCCGCACACCACAGGCGGCUGGCUCCGCAGCCCCGCUUCCCCGCGGCCUGGGCCCCCCCGCGCCGCCGUGCCAGACUUUCCUUAGGUGGAGGAGUUUCCCUUGAAAGGCACGUGGCGAGCCUGUGCCGCCGCAGCCAAGGGUUAAAGCCCAGUCCCCGCGCGCGCGGCUCAGGCUGUGUCGGGGCGGUCGGUGUGCCGACCCCAGCGGGCGGUGCCCCCGGCACCCACACCCGAGCUCGCUGCCCGUGACGGGCGCGUUGCCCCUUCUCAGCAGCAGCUGCCGCGAGACUCCCCUGGCGGCACCCGGUGGAACGUCACCCUCACUCUUGAUCGUAACGGGGUUGCGGUUGCAAGUCGCCCGAAAACGUGCUGAGUUGCCACGUAACUCACUUGCAAGAACGUCUCAGAUUUGGAGGGACUCCCCCGCUUCCCUGGGAGUGGUUGUAAGGAGACCUCACUGCCCUCCCUCAGACCGAUUUCUGCUUCAGAAAGAACUGAACGUGCCCUGUUGCAUUCGGUGGUAGCACUCGGUCCACACCCGGUCCACACUGGGGAGGAGAGCGGGGUCCCUCCCGCGCACGCCUGGCUUGGUGUGCAAGUGGGACCGGAGGCUGUGUGUUAAGGACUCCUUGAAAGCAGCUUCAGAAAACGAGACGCCGUGAUAACCGGGCGUAACCUUUUCUCCUCCCUUCAGGGUGGCUGUGACCCUCUGCUCCCGCCACACCUCCGCCGCCAAACCCACGCGUUCAGCGUUCUGACCUUGUUCGCACAGGGCGGCUCUGCUGUGCUCCGCCCGGUGUCGGGGAGCCGGUCCCCCUGCUCACAGCCCGAGGCGCCCUCGAUCCCUCCCGGCAGGAGGGCCCCCAUUGUUCAGGGAGCCGCCACCCUCAGAGCUGCGUGCGGGGAGGUGGUUAGGAAAACCAGGAAAUCCAAGUGUCUGUCUGUUCCCAAGUAGCUAGUGAACUGCUUAUGCCAUCUGGAGGUUUCCUAUUUUUCUAUCAAUUAGUAUGAAUAAGAAAGUUGAGGAGCAAUCUUUUAAUAUUAGUCGGAGCCCGGUAUUCACCCGUGGUAGAGAGGGGUUUCUGUACAUUCAGCCAAAUAGCAAAUGGGACUGUGGGAGAAAUAUGAUCACUCCAAGGUUCACAUACUUAAUAUCCUGCGAUGAAUUUAGAAGCGUCUUGUUUUACUUUAUAUCACAUCAAGUAACACAUUGCAGCUUUUCUGAUACUCACAGUAGAGGGUCUUUUGUUUGCUUGGAGACGGUGAUAACGUGUGUUGGCUUACACGCCUCACCCAUGCCUUAGUGAGUUUGGGUUGUCGUGUCACGUGCCGUGUGCACCACAGCUGCUGCACUUGGGUUCCUCUUUAACACCAAGUGUCAUUUGGGUUGUCCUGAUGAGACAUUUUCGUUGAUACUCUAUACACCAAAGUUUUGACAUUUUCUCAUCAUUCCUUUUUGUGCCAGUUAAAGCCAUUUUGACGAUGAUUUUUUUGUUGAUGCUAAGAUCACUGCAGAAUAACAACCUGGCUGUUUGUUUGUUUGGAUUUGUUCUGAUGUCUGGCACCAUUAGCUCUUGUGACCUGGUUGGAAGUAUUAGUGCCGCUGGCUUGCAAACAGUUCUCAUGUGGCAGUAGUGCUGUGGCAUCCCAAGGCCAGUGUUUCUCCUUCUGUGGAACUUCAGUCACGCUGAAAUAGUACCUUACAUUUAUGCAAUUCUGUAAUGUCUAUGUGUGCAGUUAGUAUUACAAUGAAAGGGUGAAGAAUCUGAACUAGAAGGUAGGUUUAAGCCAUUACCAGGCGCUUUUGCAAAUGGCCUAAACGGUGUUCCCAUUGAAUUGACACUUGCCACAAGUAUAUAAGCUAUAUUAAUUAUGUGUUUUGCAUAAAAUUGCGAAAACACAGUGAUUUGUAUAUAGUGGUAUAAGACCUUGAAAAAAAUCUAUAUAUUGUGCUUUUUAUCUGUGAACGGGAAAGCCAUUUUCAUUGGGUGACUGCCGUUUGAGACUCAGUGGGAUGUGUACCUGAAUGUUGCAUUGUACUGUACAGUAUGCAUAUUGUUUGUGGUUGCAUAUGGCAAUGAAGUGUUUGUUUUAUUUAUUAAAAAAAAAGACAUCUGUUAUGUACAGUUGAAAUAAAUUUUGCAUUUGCUAGCCUGUGGCUUUUAAUAUUUGUUAAAUAAUAUGUGGGGCGGAGGGAGUAGCAGAGUUUGCAGUUUAACGCUUGCUGUUUGAAUGUAACCUCUUCCACAGGAAGGCCGGGCAGUAGAACACCUUUUAUCUGCCUUGAUGGCAAAGCUUGCACUUUCUUAGGUUAAGUGUGUUCUGGACGAUGCAAGGUGACUCUUUGUAUAUUUUUAUUUCAUCUGUUUCCCUCGAAUUUUUUUUAAAACAAGUUUUCAAUCACUGGGACGUUUGUCUUCAGAAAGAAGAGUUCUCUCUUUUUUGAUGGAGGUGGGGACGUGUGCAUAAACGGAAAAAAGCCCCGACUUGAAUGUUUCUUACCGAGACUGAGGUCAGUUUUUAAUUUUUGUUUGGUAAAGUGCAUGUCCAGCUGACUAGGAAAAGCAGAACAAAAGGAAAACAAGUACCUGUGGCAGGUAUGGGGCCAGGACAAGGUGCAAACGAUAAACAAAUGCACAUCACUCUCUAAAGAGGGUCCUCGUGUUUUUGUUUUUGAUUUUUAAGAAAAGUGAAUUAGAAGCUUAUCAUAGCCAUAAAUAACAAAGUGGCCUUUCAGAGAGAUUUUACUAAGUAGAUUUUUUUUAAAAUGUAACAUUUUGUUUCAUUCUGAAAGUUACUUCAGUUUCUGUUGAGUAUAAUUAGAUGCAGAUUUUAGAAAGAUUAGGAAUUUAAGAAGUCAUGUGAAUUUUGCUACAAAUGUGCUGCACCGCUGGCUAGAUAAGCAGAUGUUCUCUUCUGACAGACCGACCCUGUUUUUAGGCUCUCAGUGCAGGCCGACCCCCUCGCGGGGGCAGACGCACCACACGCGCCCUGGGUCUGAGAGCCGCAGGCCAUCUGAUGGGGCACCAGGUGGCGGCCUGACCACCACGACGGCACCCUGCGUCGAGGCCCUCUCCUUGCUGCCUGGGCAGGUCCUCUGUCCGGGAGGUGGGAGUGCUGCAUCCAUCUGUGUUUCUCAACCUAAGGUCCACAGUCCUCUGGGGACCUGUGACUGUUUUAGGGGACAGGGUUCUGAACGUGUCUCCAGCUUCUGGGUCACACAUCUGAGUGAGCUCAUGGCCCCCCAGCACCUGCACCAUCUCCAGCUGAGGGCACAGAGCGGCCCCUUCUGGCGGCAGUGCGGAACUGCCGCAUCCUUGUCAGCGGGCGUUGGCGGCUGGGUUGGCGCUAAUGAUUAUUAUUUCAUUGUAUUCACCCCCAUCCUGAACAACAACAAAGCCAACCAGCACUCGUGUGUGUGUGUGUGUGUGUGUGUGUGUGUGCGCGCGCACGUGUGUGUGUGUAUUCAUAGACACAGGCGGGAUUAUAGGCCAGUCCACUCCUCAAACUGUUAACCAGAAAACUGCAAAAUGUUAAUAUUGAUGAUGGGGGGGAAGAAAGUUCAGCACUCAGACAAAUUUAGGAAAUGCUGAAUUCGAGUUAAAUGGGUAUUUUUACUGAAAACCCUAAGCGUGCUAAAUGCGCACUGUGAAUCUCCAGGAAGUGGCUGCAGCAUUCAGAGUUUUCCAGAAUUGCAUGCUGCGGAAUCCCAGUUAUCUCUCGGAAGCACAGAGCUUUGUGUUUAGUACAGGGUUUCGAGUGUGCUGGAGCUUCCGUGAGCACACGCACCUGUGUCUCGGCCCCUUUUAGAGGGUUCUAAAGAAAGUGAGAGAGCAGUCUCUGGUAAUUCUGCUGUUAAAUGAUUUUUCCAACCUAGCCAAUUCAGAGGAAAUGUGCUGUGGUAUCUUUAAAAAUGCUAAAAUGGUCUUUGAGAGAGCUUGUUAAAUCUACCUGCUCUCUAGAACUUUGUUCUUAUAGAAAUAGUCAACUUACUUAUAAACCUGGCUGGAGAAUAUUCCUUUGUUGUUUUACUGAAAGACUAUCAAUUUUUUUCAGUCGUUUUACAAAAAUAUGUUAUGUUGAAAUAGGAGGCCCAUGGAUUUCUAUUCAGGCUGAUAAAUAAUCUUCCUUUACAGGCCUCCUGGCUCACCAUCAAAUCCAUAAAUGACAUUUUUCACCGUGGCACGUUUCAGGAACCCAGCAGUUAGUACAUCCUGUCUGUAACGUAACAUUCUCAUACUUACAUUUGUCACCUCCUUGUGUGCUUUAAGUGUAUUGGCAAAAAUAAGAACAACGUCUUUCUUGCUUGUGCAGCUCUUGAACCAGUUCCCACACGUUUAUUAGUUCCCCUGAUUCAGUCACAUCGCAUAGUGGAGUGUAAGGCUUUUAUAUUUACGCAUUCAUCUGGUA